CCGUUUUUCUAACAAGCACUCGGGAGCACCUCCCUUCCCACCCUCCUCCAAGCCUGGACCAACAGUUUGUCUUUCUGUUUGGUCUACAGAAAGGAUUUUGGGAGACAGCAGGAUUCUAGGUGGAAGAAACUUUUUAUUUGGCAGACAAUCUGAGGGGACGAGGGGACAGGGAUGGGGGAAACUAAUGAGCCAGACCGGGAUGGAGUCCUUUGGGUAGCUCUAGCAGCUCUCAACUCCUCAAGUCCAAGGCCGCUGGCGGGAGGAGGGGUGUCAUCCCUGCUCCUCCUGGCUCAGGCUGCUAGGAAGCUAUUCCCUGAGCAACCAGUUCCUCUGCUGGCCCCUUCUUCCAUGACCUCUGACUGGGCAUCCAACUCUCAGACCAGGUUAUUUAUAGUUAAGCCCAGAGGAGGUGGGGGAAAGGCCAGUGUUUACAAACAUGGGUUACCUGAGUCUGAGCGGUCUGGGGGAGGGGCGAGCCUGGACCCGGUGGAUCAGCGACCAAGGGUUCUGAAUGCCGCUGAAGGCGAAGGGGGAGAGGGCGCAGAGCAGGGAGGGAGUGGGCGCUGCUCAGAUGCUGGAGCACGUGGCCCAGGGUGUGGGCCAUAUGCAAACUGUAUGCAAAUACGAGUGCUCGAAGGGUGACCUCUCAGCUGGCGGGAUCCCCGUGGGGCCCCCUGGCCUGUUGGUCUGGGGGCCAGAGGACGGCCCGGUAGGGCCCACCUGAGGGAGAAGCCCAGUCUCACAAGUUCCCUCCCGCUCGCUCACAGCCAGAGGGUCCCGCAGAAAGACCUCGCCGUCCUUGGGAAGGGGAGUUGGCCUCAGCCCCCGCCCCGCCGCCCCCGCCUCCUCCCCCGCGUGCGGCGCGGCAACUGGGUGUCCGGUUACCGCGCGGGGGCUAUAGUUAGCCCCGGGAACCUCGCUUUCAGCCGGACCCUGGGACUGCACAGCGCCCGCCCGAGCCCUUGGGGCUCCCUCCGGCUCGCGGCCUCCGCAACCCGCAGGGAUGGCGCUGGCGGGUCUGCUGAUCGCCCUGGGCUGCCUCGGCCUCCAUGCCUUCUGGCAGGCCCAGGCUGUUCCCAUCCUGCCCCUGGGCCUGGCUCCAGACACCUUUGACGAUGCCUAUGUGGGUUGUGCAGAGGAGAUGGAGAAGGAGGCAGCUCCCUUGCUGAAGGAGGAAAUGGCCCACCAUGCCCUGCUGCGGGAAUCCUGGGAGGCAGCCCAGGCAGCCUGGGAGCACAGGCAACGAGGGCUCACCUUGCCUCCCGGCUUCAAAGCCCAUCAUGGAAUAGCCAUUAUGGUCUACACCAACUCAUCUAAUACCUUGUACUGGGAGUUGAAUCAGGCCGUGCGGACGGGCGGAGGCUCCCGGGAGCUCUACAUGAGGCACUUUCCCUUCAAGGCCCUGCAUUUCUACCUGAUCCGGGCUCUGCAGCUGCUUCGAGGCGAUGGGGGCUGCAGCAGGGGGCCUGGGGAGGUGGUGUUCCGAGGUGUGGGCAGCCUUCGCUUUGAACCUAAGAGGCUGGGGGACUCUGUCCGCUUAGGCCAGUUUGCCUCCAGCUCCCUGGAUAAGGCAGUGGCCCGCAGAUUCGGUAAUGCCACCCUCUUCUCUCUAAUGACUUGCUUUGGGGCCCCUAUCCAGGCCUUGUCUGUCUUUCCCAAGGAGCGUGAGGUGUUGAUUCCCCCGCAUGAAGUCUUCUUGGUCACCAGAUUCUCCCAGGAUGGAGCCCAGAGCCUGGUGACUCUGUGGAGCUAUAAUCAGACCUGUAGCCACUUUAACUGCGCCUAUCUGGGUGGGGACAAGAGGCGGGGCUGUGUGUCUGCACCAGCAGCGGUGCAGCCAGAGUCACAAUCUGAGGGGGCCUUCUCUCUGCCUCCCUGGAAGACCCUGUCUUUGGCCCCUGGGGAGUUCCAGCUCUCAGGGGUUGGGCCCUGAAAGUGCAAAACCUGCCACUUAGGAGCCCUGGGAACAGGUGACUUUCAUAUGAAGAAGAGGCGCCUCCAGCAGCCUGUAGAAGCAAGAACAUGGUUCUGGAUCCCGUCCUAGCAGCCUUCUCCCCAACCAGGAUGUGGGGCUGGGGAGGCCACGGCAGGGCUGAGGGAACUCUGCUAUGUGGUGGGGACUUCCUGGGAUAAGCAAGGGAAGUACUGAGGCAGCCACUUGCUUAAGUGGUGUUGCAGUGUGGAGACAUGGAGUUUUAUGAGGCAGCCACUUGAUUAAACAGUAUUGCAGUGUGGAGACAUGGAA